AGAUGCAUGUUAUAACUUACCUUGUAGGAGCAGCUGGUGAUGGUGGAGCUCUCGGGAAUUAUUGAUUCAGACUUCUUAGAAAAAUGCGAAAACAAAUGCAAGAUUUUGGGAAUAGAGACAGAGAGACCCAUUUUGCAGGUGGACAGAUAUGUCUUUGCAGGAGAUUAUGAAGAUGCCCUGGGAACGUGCGUGUUUUUUGAGGAAAACACAGAGCAUGAUGCUGAAGGCAACCAAAAACUACAGCUGAAGUACAAGUGCCAUACAAUGAAGAAGUUGAACAUGACACGGACGCUUUUGACAGAGAAGAAGGAAGGAGAAGAGAGCAUUGGUGGUGUGGAGUGGUUACAGAUCAAGGACAGAGACUUUUCCUACAGCAGGCCGAAUACGAUUUGUAGCUUUCUGCACGAACAGGAAGAUUCUGAGGAGUCAGCUCAGGCUCGAGAUAAAUUAACUGAGGAGGCAGAGGGGGAGGUGAGUGACAGAGGAAAUUCUGACAUGAACUGUGAUCUGGAAGAGUCGCAUGGCUUGGAAGCAGAUGCUUCUUCUGUCCCUCUGCCUGACAGCCCUGCUUCUGAAGCAGAGGAUUCUCCUUCUGGAAGCGCUGCCUUAGAUGAUGCCCCUCCGUGAUACCAGUUCUUCAGAAUCUCUUCAUUGAAUUAAUGGGCCAAUGACACAAUUUUUAUUUUACCUGAGCAGUCUGUAGUGGGAAAAGCUGGCAUUGUGUUCUUACGCAUUCCUUUCGUGUUUGGAUUAUGCGGGGGAGAUGUUUAGUGAUUUUUAUUUGUUUUUGAUGCUGAUUGGAGAUACGUGCAUCUCUACCUCAAAACUGAAGAAAUAAAAAAGCCCCUGCCUUUGGAAAGAA